CAACACUCUCGUCACACCGGAAAAUAAUGGCAACCACACUAAACAACCACUCCGGUUGUCCCUAAAAGUAUGGAGGACUGUGCGAUUUGCUUGGACACAGUUCGUGAGAGGAAAACGUUAAAGUGCUCUCACUCUUUUUGCUCUGCUUGUAUCGACUCGGUUUUUAAAUUGAAGCCUGCUUGUCCGAUAUGCAAUACCUACUACGGAGAGUACACGGGGACCCAGCCGGAGGGUAGCAUGACGGACAUGCGCAGCUGGCAGCGCCUGCCCGGCUUCGAGCACUGCGGAUCUAUCGUCAUACAGUACACUUUCCCAGCGGGGAUACAAGGGGUAAGACCAUGGCCUGAACAUCCAAACCCCGGGAAGAGGUACGGCAGCACGUCUCGUACGGCCUUCCUGCCAGACAGCGAGGAAGGGGAGAAAGUCCUGAAGUUGCUGAGGAAGGCCUUUGACAGGAGACUCGUCUUCACCGUUGGUCGAUCCGUCACCACAGGCCUCAACAACGUCAUCACCUGGAACGACAUUCAUCAUAAGACCAACAUAGAUGGUGGUCCACAAAGUUUUGGAUAUCCAGAUCCAGAUUAUUUGUCCAGAGUUCAAGAGGAGCUUCGUCUUAAAGGAGUCACACCGGAUGAUUGAUGAGUAAAGACAAUGAGAAGACAUCCUUCAAAUUAACUUGACUCUUUGUAUUGUUACAAAGUCUCUGAUUUUAAGUUCAAGGCUUGUGCAGGACUCUCUGAGCGAUGGAGAUUAAUGCCGCUUAAGUUUUUACUCUAUGAAGUCGAUACAUGGAACUAUUAUCUUGAGAAAUGAAGGUUAGUGGCUUUUCCAAAGAGUUAUCAACUGUCUAUGCAAAUAAACCCUAUAACCACAA